AUGCGAAAGUUGGAAUGGGACGACAUGGGAGUGAAGGUUGAUGGUCGGCAGCUACACCAUUUGCGCUUUGCUGAUGACAUCGUACUGAUAACACCUAACAUCAGCCAAGCGGAACGAAUGCUGACCGAAUUCGACGAAACAUGUGGAUGCAUCGGUCUUCAGCUGAAUCUACAAAAGACGAUGUUCAUGCGGAACGGAUGGGUCUCGGAUGCCCCAUUCACGCUCAACGGAACGAACAUAUCCGAAUGCACCAGCUACGUUUAUCUGGGUCGGGAACUGAACAUGAUGAACGACCUGACCCCCGAGCUGGGCAGGAGGAGACGAGCGGCUUGGGGAGCGUACAAGAGCAUCGAGGAUGUAGUGAAGAAGACCAGGAACACCCGGCUCCGUGCUCACCUCUUCAACACCACCGUACUUCCUGCUUUGACCUAUGCUUCGGAAACCUGGGCAUUUCGCAAGCAGGAAGAAAACGCGGUGAGCGUCAUUGAACGCGCAAUUGAGAGAGUGAUGCUAGGAGUAUCCCGUAUCCCGCAAGUGAGGGACGGGAUUCGAAGUUCCCUCCUACGUCAGCGAUCGAAGAUUAGAGACGCCGCCGCGUUUGCCAAGGAAAGUAAAAUAAGGUGGGCCGGACACGUGAUGCGCUUUGAUGACAACCGUUGGACCAGAGCCGUGAGCGACUGGGUUCCCCGCGAUAUUAAGCGCACUACAGGAAGACCGCCGACCCGAUGGUCAGAUUUCUUCACGAAGUCCUUGAAAGAAAAAUAUGAUGCUCUUCGUGUCCCACGCGAAAGGAGGAACCACUGGGCUACUCUGGCACGCGAUCGGGACAAAUGGAAGAAUUACUGGCGCCCGCUCGACCAGUUCGAAGAUCAACGGGAGUCAAGGUGA